AGCUUUAAAUACUAAAAUGACAAUCACCAGAUAUACUUUAAUUGCACAAGCACAACAAUUUGCUGAUAUUUUAGAUAUUACCAAUUUUAAAGCCUCAGAUGGCUGGUUAUCAAACUUUAAAAAACAUGCUAGUUUACGUAAAUUUAACCAUCACGGCGAAGCAAGUAGCGUACCACUUGAAAAUUUACUAGAAUAUUGCAAUUCAUUACAAAAUUGA